AUGGAUGCUGCAGAUCUGUUCCGGCGGGCGCAAAGCUCGGUCAACCAAGUUCGAGAGGCCAAGGCAUUCCGGGAAAGCAGCCAUGAGAGCGACGACCACGGUGCUCCUCGGAUCGCACAUACACUGACAGCAUGCUGUAGAUGCCGACAGAGGAAAACAAGAUGCGACCCAAACCUCCCACGCUGCUUGCCUUGCGAACGUGCAGGCGCAUUGUGCGAGUACUUUGACACGAGCAAGGGGAAGAAAAUCCCGCGGACAUAUGUGAUAAAGUUGCAAGACAAAGUUCGAGCGUUAGAAGCAGAGCUUGGACAAUAUACUGAGGAGGAAGGCUUUCCACAAAAACCUGAAGACAUCGUGCGGCCUGGAGGCUUAAUCCGACUAGGCGAGGAUGAUGAGACACCCAGGUUUCUGGGGCCAUCUAGUGGUAUAGCGAUGACAAGGUUGGUAAUGGAGGAAGCAAAGAAAUACACAGAUUCGAGGACUAUCCGUGAACUGGUGCCCGAAGUGCGUCAACGAAGGCCGCCAAUCCAAUCCCCAGAAACAUCGUCCGGCAGGAAGAAGUCAUAUCCUAUGAUCAGUGCGGUGCCGGCUCCGACCCUUCCAAGCCGUCUUGUUACAGACAAAUUGAUCGAGGUCUUCAAUCAAAAGGCUCAAUAUCUUUCGCCUACCUUGCAUGAACCCACAUUCGCAAAGGACCUCCAGGAGGUUUAUGACGGGAGCAUGGACGCGCACAAGAAUUUCGUUCUUCGAAUGGUAUUAGCAAUCAGCAUGCAAAAACUUGAUGCUCAGUAUUCCGGACUUGCAGACAGCUAUUACCUUGCAGCCAUGGCAUACAUGGAGGAGGUCAUCCGCCCAAAAGACAUCAGGACGCUUCAAUGCUUAAUUCUGGUAGCCCAGUAUUCUUUAUUAACCCCAACGAGAACUGCGAUAUAUUACAUCGUGGGUCUAGCUACGAGACUUUGUCAACAGCUUGGUUUGGCGGAGGAGAAGACCAUCACUCAGGGAGUGUCACUAGGUCUGGUCAAUCCAAUACAGCUCGAUAUGAGGCGUCGACUAUCUUGGAUCAUAUUUUCCAUGGAGCUGGGUCUUGCGCAUAGUAUGGGCCGGCCGAAUGCAUUUGCGACUGGGGAGGAUCAUUUUGACGUUGGGUUCUUUGAAAUGGUGGACGAUGAGCUAAUCACUAAAGAUGGUGUUCUAUCUGGGCCUGUUUCUGAGAAGAAGGCAGUGGCGAUACAUUUCCUCCGUAUGAGACUUUUGCAAGCUGAGAUAAGGAGAGUCUUAUACCAGAAAAAACGGGUGGAGCCGAGAAAUGAAGACCAUCCGUGGUACGCUGAUAUGGAGAAGAAGCUCAAAGAUUGGCUCGAUUCCUGUCCGCAGACACCAUCGUGGAGCAAGUCAUGGUUCUCAAGCCGAUACAACACUAUGAUAGUAACGCUACGAAGACCGUCACCACAGGUUCCAAAACCAGUACCCAAAUCAGCGAUAAUGUGUUAUGAUGCUUCAGCGCAAAACGUGAAAAGCUCUAGCAAACAAGUCGAGGCUGGAAUGGUGGAUAUUACAUGGAUAUUCCUCCUGACAGUCUUUCAAUCGAUAAAUACCAUCCUCUGGUCCAUCUCAUAUCCAGAGGUUCGAGCUUUGCAUACCAAGGACGAACUAGAAGAAGUUGUGGAUAUUGCUCUGGAGCUGAUAACAAGCUGCCGAGAGAGAUGGCCUGGCACUGCUGCAGCUUCGCAGCUGUAUUCAAAAUUGGCGAAAGCAUGUUUGAGGAGCUACGACGUGCCGCCACCUAAAUCUGUAAAGGAGCACAAGGAACAACCAUUAGCACCAGCUUCUCUAUCAACAAAUUCUCCCGCAUCCCUUACUGAUGGUAACUCACCUUCCGCCUCUGAACACUCUUCCGCUACCAAUGGCUCUAUGGCCCAUUCUCACGUCUCCUUCCAAACACCGCCUCCUCAGUUCGGGUAUGUCUUCAAUCAGAUGCCAGAGCAGAUACCGCGUUAUGAUUACAGCAUGCCGCCACCGCAGCCCGCCUUCAGGUCCAACUCUAUCUUCGGGCCAUCAAGCAGGUCAUCAGAUCGUCGUUUCAGCUACUUUCCACCCGACUUCACCCAAACACACGGACUUGCGAACUCCUGGAAUCCGAUGCCAGACACUCAUCCACAGCCUCAAGCCCACGCCAUCAAUCCAGGAAUUGCAGAUCCUGCUUACAUGAUGAACAACUCAACGUUCAGCUUUUCGUCUUUUGCAUUCGGGGAACAAGAUUACGAUGUCCAUAUGAGACAAGGGAGCUUAAGUAGUCAACAACAGAUCGAACUCAUGCAGACGCUAGAGACUGAUGGGAUGGCGGAGAUUGAUCAGUUCAUGAAUAUGACGACGCAAUAUGCGACUAAUGCACCUCUGAAAUUUGAAAAUGGGGUCAUGUAA